AUGUGGACCCAGGCCAGCACUCUGCUGCUGCUGCUGCUCGCCUGCUGCCUCUGGCCGGCGGAGGCUCAGAGCGACGGCAGCAGGAGACAAAGCAUCUGGGAUGAUCCUAUCCAAUUCAACACCAAGGCUAAUGACUUGUGUACCAUGAUCAUCACUGGUCAUGGAGAAUACACCAGGCUGAGGGUGUCAUGCCAGAGCAGCAAGCGUUCCUACUGGUGCGAGUAUGUGGGGAAGCCUUACACCUGCCGCUCCUACAACAAAAACCCCCGGCACUACUUCGUCCAGAUGAUGUGGGACUUCAGGAAGCUCCACAAUGCCUGCUGGGCGCCGAGGCAGAUCCAACCUCACAUGUGCAGGAGGGCAACUAAUGACUCUCAGAUGGUAUUUUCAUCUGCUUCCUUCCCCCGGUCAUGGCCGGAGGAUUCUUCAAGGACAGGGGCAAGACCGGGAGCACAGCCUGCAAGACCUCAACCUCGACCUGAACCUACCAGGCCUGAUUCAGUGAGGCAAGCUUCCACGAAAUCCUUUCAAGUCCCUACAAGAGUGAAGACCACACAAAGAACCACUCCACAACCACCAACACUGCCUGUGGAGAGCAAUGCCAAGAGGAUGGCUCGGCAGUACUGUUGGAGGUCACUUCAAGGCAUCUGCUCCUUUGUCAUUGGGCUGUUUCGAAAUUAAUGAGAAAGAUGUACAAUUCUGACGAGGAUAACUUCUGACAAGCCUUGGAGAGAAACUGCGGUAGAAGAACGGCAGCGCUCUCUUCAGGGGAAGGGACGGUACUGCAGUGA